UUCCCGGAUGACAUCUUCACUCAGGAGGAGCAGCGGCGUGGAGCAGUGCUGCUGCAUGUCUUCUGUGCUGUUUACAUGUUCUACGCACUUGCUAUUGUCUGUGACGACUACUUUGUUCCAUCCCUGGAGAAGAUAUCAGAGAACCUGCAGCUAAGUGAGGAUGUGGCAGGUGCAACCUUCAUGGCAGCAGGCAGCUCCGCUCCUGAGCUCUUCACCUCUCUGAUUGGUGUGUUCAUAACUAAAGGGGAUGUUGGUGUCGGCACCAUUAUUGGUUCAGCAGUCUUCAACAUUCUAGUCAUCAUAGGAGUGUGUGGAAUCUUCACUCGUCAGACCGUGUCUCUGACGUGGUGGUCAUUGUUUCGGGACUCACUCUACUACAUACUGUCUGUGGUGGCCUUGAUUCUGGUUAUCUACGAUGAGAAAGUGGUCUGGUGGGAGUCCUUGCUGCUGGUUGCCAUGUAUGGGCUGUACAUCCUUAUCAUGAAGUUCAAUGCCCAGAUCUUUGGGUUUGUGGAACAGCGAUGUGGUGGUCCUGGAUCACCAUGCACAGGGGGUGAGACCCACACAGAUGGAGCUAUGGCAGACAGGGGGCCAAACUGUGACUCCUCUGUUGUCCUGCUCAGGAAAGGGCAGGGUUCAGCGGGAGAGUCCCAGGUUGUGAUGGUGGAUGAACUCCUCAGAAUACAUCCCCAUCAGCUCUCUUUCUCUGAGGCCAGCAUGCGAGUCAUGAUCACACGUCACUUCUCACCCCGCACGCGCCUCAUCAUGGCUGGGCGUCUGCUCAUUAAUGAGAGGCAGCGUCUGACUCAGCGUGUAGGGGACACUGAUGGGACAGUGGGAGGCCCUAUUACAAAAGGAGACAACGCAGCAGGGGACAGUCACUCUCAGCAGCCUCCAGGGGAGGCCACAGACAGAGGAGGGUCUGAGAACAUGCUGAAGAGGGAGUCAGCCCCAGAAAGUGGUGGGCCUGUGGAAGGGGAAGAGGUUCAAGAGGGGAUGUUCAAUCCCCUAAAGAUACCUAGGGGGCGCUGUGACUGUGUGAAGUGGCUGGUGUCCUGGCCCCUCAGGCUGCUGCUCUACUGCACUGUGCCGAACUGCGUGCUCCCGCGAUGGCACCGCUGGUUCAUGGUCACCUUUGUGACCUCCACGCUGUGGAUUGCCAUCUUCUCCUACCUCAUGGUGUGGAUGGUCACCAUCAUCAGCCACACGCUCAACAUCCCCGACUUCAUCAUGGGUAUCACCUUCCUGGCUGCUGGCACCAGUGUUCCGGAUUGCAUGGCCAGCCUCAUCGUUGCCCGGCAAGGUUUAGGGGACAUGGCGGUUUCCAACUCCAUUGGCAGCAAUAUCUUUGACAUCCUCCUGGGGCUGGGCUUUCCCUGGGCACUGCGCACCCUGGUGGUGGACUAUGGAUCCUUGGUUUUCAUCAAAAACAAAGGGCUGGUGUACUCCGUCAUCCUGCUGCUUGCAUCUGUCUUUCUCACAGUGUUGAGUGUUCAUUUGAAUCACUGGAAGCUGGACCGGCGACUGGGCAUGGGUUUGCUCUUUCUCUACGCCAUCUUCCUUCUUUGCUCCAUACUUUUCAUACAAAUAUGAUAUGUCCAGAACCAUAAGGUAGUUUUUCUAUUGCACUCUUAUUACAUCUUUGGAUGUAAUUACACAUGGAACCCCAUAAAGACAGUACACAUAUACUAAGAAGGUACACAUAAACACACAUGUAUAUACAUGGGAGGAGCCCUUUGGACCAUCAUCUUGUUGCUGCUGUGUAUAUCGUUUUGAGAGAAACACAGUAGGAGUUGUAGCAAAAUGACUGAUGGAUGAAGAGCAAAGUAACAUGUCUGUGGAUUGCAGUGACCACCUGAGGUGAUUUAGUUUGUAAAGGUGCACAUUAUGGCAGAAACCCCAGUAACUGACGAACACUCAGUUUUAAAGCAUUUAUUAAAUUCAUAUUUGCAUCUGCUUAGAAGAGACUGACAGUGAUACAAAGAUUAUUUAUAUUAGGCUGCUCAGAAGUUUUGAUUAUUGUUACAUACCAGAACAAAAAAAAAUAUUUCACCUGUUCAGUAUUUUUGUAAUACCUUUAUUAUUUAAUAGGUAUUUGUAUAUUUAAAAAGAGUUACCAGUUUUGAUAACUUUUGGGUAGGCUUCUGUAGUAUGGGUCACUGUUCAUUGCCAUGAAGUGUUUUUUAAAC